AUGAGUGAACCACAGAGGCAUAUAAAAUUAACAAAGGAACAAACGACCCCCAUUGUUUUAGUAGUAGGUGAUCCAGGUCGAGUUGACAAAGUAAAAUUAUUAUGUGAUUCAUAUAUUGAUUUGGCAUAUAAUAGAGAGUAUAAAAGUUGUGAAUGUCAUUAUAAAGGUCAGAAGUUUUUAUGUGUAAGUCAUGGAGUUGGAUCAGCAGGUUGUGCAAUAUGUUUUGAAGAAUUAAUGAAUAAUGGAGCAAAAGUAAUAAUACGUGCAGGUUCUUGUGGUUCACUUCAACCUGGUUUAAUGAAAAGAGGUGAUAUAUGUAUAUGUAAUGCUGCUGUAAGAGAAGAUAGAGUUUCUCAUUUAUUAAUAUAUUCUGAUUUCCCAGCUGUUGCUGAUUAUGAAGUAUAUGCCACGUUAAAUAAGUGCGCACAAGAAUUGAAUGUACCUGUAUUCAAUGGUAUUAGCCUUUCAUCAGACUUAUAUUAUCCACAUAAGAUUAUUCCAACAAGACUAGAAGAUUAUUCUAAGGCAAAUGUGGCUGUUGUAGAAAUGGAGGUUGCUACUCUCAUGGUUAUGGGUACAUUAAGAAAAGUAAAAACAGGUGGAAUCUUCAUUGUUGAUGGUUGUCCUUUAAAAUGGGAUGAAGGAGAUUUUGACAACAAUUUAGUACCCGAUAGGUUAGAAAAUAUGAUUAAAAUUUCUCUUAAUGCGUGUGCACAAUUGGCCAAAAAAUAUUAG